AUGGUUGUACUAUUCGAAGACCCACGUAAACUUCCUUUGGCAACAUUUCUUAUGCAAGUUUUCAUAACAUUAGUGGUAUCUAAAGUUCUUGCUAAAUUACUUUCAUAUAUUCGACAACCACAAGUCAUUGGUCAAAUUAUUGCUGGUAUUAUUUUUGGUCCAUCUAUUCUCGGUAAUAUUUCAGCUUGGACCAAUGCAAUAUGGCCAUCAUCAAGACUUGAACUUGAUUUAAAACAAAUAAAAAAAAGUUGGAAAAUUACAAUACCGGUUGCAGUCGCUAGUAUCACAAUUCCAGUGGCAAUUGGUUGUGUAGUAUCUCUUUGGCUUUACAACAUGAAUGAAGGUUUGAAUACAAGUAAAGUAGCUUUUAUUCUUUUCAUUGGUUCUGGUUUUGGUUUUUCUGCCUUUCCUGUCUUGGCAACAUUGCUCAAUACAAUGGGUUUAUUAAAUAAACCAAUUGGUAUUCAAACAAUUUCAUUAGCAGCAGUCGAAGACAUCGUCGUUUGGGUCAUCUUAGCUAUUGCUAGUGCUUUUUCAUCAGGUGGUUCAGCAUUACAAGGGCUCUACACUUUAUUAUUAACAUUAGGUUUUAUUGCUAUUAUGUUUUUUAUCAUUCGACCAAUUUUAAGAUUGAUUCAUCGUUAUUACCUCCGUCAAAACAAUGAUACCAAUGUUUAUUUAGUUGUUGGCUGUUUUUUAUUACUUGUUAUUUCAGCAUUUACUACAGAAGUUAUGGGUAUACAUGCUUUUUUUGGUGCAUUCAUUAGUGGAUUAUGUAUACCACGCAAAGGAAGUUUGGUUGAGUUUUUAGCCGUACGUAUACAACUCAUUGUUGUCGAAUUCUUUUUACCUCUUUAUUUUGCUAAUAGUGGACUUCAUACACAUUUAAAUUUAAUGAAUAAUGGUAAAGCAUGGUGGACAUUAAUUGUGCUUAUAGUUUUAGCUUCCAUAGCUAAAAUAGUUCCUGUAACACUUGUAUCAAAACUUUGUUCAAAACGAUCUUGGUUUUAUUGUUUAUCAAUUGGUGUACUUAUGAAUACACGUGGUAUUGUACAAUUAGUUGUUUUAAAUAUUGGUGUUGAACUUGGUGUACUUUCAGCACAAAUAUUUGCUAUAUUUGUUUUAAUGGCAACAAUUUUAACAUUUUUAACAUCACCCGCAUUAUAUUUACUUAAUCGACAAAUACGUGAUACACGGCCAUCAUCUACUCAAAUAGUUCCUGAAGAUUUACGUAAUUUUUCACUAGCAGAAACACAUCUGACAGAAACUAAUUUUGAUAAUCAAAUGAGUAUUCGAACAAUUUCAAAUGGUGGUAUUUAUUCUACUCAAUCAUCAACAGAUGUAAACAGAUUAUCGAGAAAAUCUUCAAAUAACGUACUUCCAGGUUAUACAUUUACAAUAUUAGAUUAUCCAACUAAUCCUCCUGCAUUGAAUCCAACUAUAAAUGAAGAAGAAAUGGAAGAAUCUGAUACUACGUUUCGUUUGGGUGUUAAUAUGACACGAUUUUAA